UCAGACUGCACGGAGGAGCUCCGGGCUGAUUGAGUCUCCACGGCUCUCACGGUGUGUUCAAGUACCGCCUCCUGCUGCGGAUUCCCUCACACUCUGGCUCUCGUCUCAACGUGAACAGGAACACAGCUAAAGAAAGAAAAAAAUGGCAGAAGUCGCACCAGCAGCAGCUCCAGCCGCCGCUCCGGCUAAACCCGCCAAGAAGAAGGCCGCCAAGCCCAAGAGGACUGGUCCCAGCCUCGGGGAGCUCAUCGUCAAGGCUGUGGGCGCAUCCAAGGAGCGCAGUGGCGUUUCAGCAGCCGCCCUGAGGAAGUCUUUGGCUGCCGGAGGCUACGAUGUGGAGAAGAACAAAGCCCGUGUCAGGACUACUCUCAAGAACCUGGUGACCAAGGGGGCCCUAAUCCAAGUCAAGGGGGUCGGGGCCUCCGGCUCCUUCAAACUGGCCAAAAAGGUUGAAACCAAGGCGAAAAAGCCCGCAAAGAAAGCCGCUCCUAAAGCCAAGAAGCCCGCCGCCAAGAAACCUGCAGCGGCCAAGAAGGCGGCUUCCGCUAAGAAGUCUCCGAAGAAGCCCAAGAAGCCAGCGGCCAAGAAGCAGGCUAAGAGCCCAAAGAAGGCCGCCAAGCCCGCUAAGAAGGCCGCCAAGAGCCCCAAGAAGGUUACAAAGCCCAAGGCAAAGAAGGCCGCUGCCCCUAAGAAGGCUGCCGCCAAGAAGGCUGCACCCAAGCCCAAAGCCAAGAAGGCAGCACCCAAGAAGAAGUGAGCUGCAACAUAUUGAACAUCUUAAACAAAGGCUCUUUUAAGAGCCACACACUCUUUCACUACAGAGCUGUUUCCCGUUUUUCUCUAUUUUAGAUAUUGAUUCAUUUCUUAUGAGAAAGGUAAAUGCCGACUAAUCAUCAAUAA